AUGCUGCUGGCCAUCCCAGAGGCUGCUGCUGUAAUUCGCUGCAUCCCGGCUGAUCUCAUCAUCUCGGUUUAUAAGCUCAUAGUUUCGGGUGACCCCCGUGGAAGGGUCAUUCGAAGCCUAAUGGAUCGCGAUCCACAGGUUGAGAACCACUGCUCUAGAGCGAGGUGGGGAGACGAAGCCUACUGUGGAUCGUCCGAGAAGAGAACUUGGAGAAGUGUAGAGAAGCACAAAGGUGGAGAGAAGCAGAAAGGUGGAAAGAAGGACAAAGAUGCAGAGAAGCACAGAGGUGGAGAGAAGCACAGAGGUGGAGAGAAGCACAGAGGUGAAGAGAAACACAGAGGUGGAGAGAAGCAUAGAGGUGGAGAGAAGCACAGAGGUGGAGAGAAGCACAGAGGUGGAGAGAAGCACAGAGGUGGAGAGAAGCACAGAGGUGGAGAGAAGCACAGAGGUGGAGAGAAGCACAAAGAUGGAGAGAAGCACAGAGGUGGAGAGAAGCACAGAGGUGGAGAGAAGGACAAAGUUGGAGAGGAGCACAGAGGUGGAGAGAAGCACAAAGGUGAGGAGAAGCACAGAGGUGGAGAGAAGCACAGAGGUGAGGAGAAGCACAAAGGUGAGGAGAAGCACAGAGGUGGAGAGAAGCACAGAGGAUAG